AUGAACGUGUCUUCAGACGAGCAGGAACUAAUCCAAGAAGCCUUCCAGUACUACGAUCGUACUGGUGAUAACAAAAUCUCUGUCGGUCAGGUAAUCUCUUUACAAUUUUAAUUCUCUUCCCAGGUCGGGAUCUGCUUGAGAUCUCUGGGAUGUGUCCCUACCGAAAAACAACUUGCCCUUUAUACAAAACAAUGGGCAUCCAAGGGUGAGUUGUGUAAAUAUAAAAAGACUGAUAGAUGAAGUUCACACUUUAUUAUAAAUUUGCAGAUGCGUCUGUUGCAAUCGAAGAGUUUAUUCCCAUUUAUGGAGCCCUGAAGAAACAAACUAGCCCAGCCGAUCGCGAUCGGAUGAUGGCUUGUCUCUCAAACUUUGACCGGGAUCAAGAAGGGUAUAUCCAGCAAGCUGAUCUUCGUCAUAUUUUGGAAAAUUUGGGUUUGUAAUCAACAAAAACACGUCUAUAUUUUUAGGAGAAAAGCUGAGUACCGAAGAGACAGACGAUGUUCUCAAUCAAAUUGAAUUCGUAAAUGGCCGUGCCCGCAUUGCCGAUGUGGUCGAUCUGAUUAUGCUAAUUAAGUAA